AUGAGUUUGGAAGAUACUCUAAGUAACUUAACUAUAUAUGAUGCCAAGAAAUAUUUCCGUAAGGCCCAGAAUGUUAUGUUCAACUAUACCGACAUGGAAGCAAAAGUGCGUGAAGCCACUAACAAUGAACCUUGGGGUGCUUCAUCUACUUUGAUGAAACAAAUUGCACAAGGUACUUAUAACAUAAGAGAAAGAGAAGAGAUUUUGGGAAUGGUGUUUAGAAGAUACACAGAGAAAACUGCUAGUGAGUGGAGACAGAUAUAUAAGUCACUACAAUUGACCGACUAUUUAAUCAAGCAUGGCUCCGAAAGGUUCAUCGACGAUGUUAGAACAAGUAUAAGUUUGAUUAAGAUGUUGGAAUCAUUCCACUACAUUGACUCUCAGGGAAGAGAUCAAGGUAUAAACGUCAGAAAUAAAGCACAAUCCCUUGUUGCAUUCUUGAAAGAUGAUGAUUUAAUACGUGCAGAAAGGAAAAAAGCAAGAGAAACUUCGAAGAAAUUCAAUAAUGUUGCAGGAGGUAGUGCAGCCGCUGAGACUUUGGGUCAAAAUCCAAGAGCUGGUUUCAGAUCUUCCUAUAAUAAUGGAAUUAGUGUGAGUGCUGACUUUGACAGUGAAGAUGAAGACAACAGCCAUGCUGCACCAAAAAUUACUUCUGCAUCAAACCUUCCAGCCAAUAAUGAUGAUUUAUUUACAUUCAAUAAAUCUUCUAAUGAAUCAAUUAAUAUAAGGAACUCUGCCUCUCAAGAUAUUGCAGCUGACGGUGAUGACGAUGACGAUGAUGAUUUUGCAGACUUUCAGAGUGCGGCUCCAGUUGCUGCUCAAUCUAAUGUUCAGGACUCGUUACAAAAUUCAUUAUUUGACGUAGGCACUGGUAUUUCUGCUCCUUCUACAACUUAUACUCAAAUGAAUUUCCCUGAAGUGGUGCCUGCAAUUGCCUCUGAGCAAAAGAAAGUUGAUCCGUUUGGUUCAUUGUUCAUGAAUGCCAAAACCGAACCGAUCCAAGCAAAAAAGAGUUCACCACCAUCAACAAAUAUUGCAUCACCUGUACAGGCUCAAGAAGAUGAUGAUAACGACCUAUUUGGGGAAAUGACAGAGGCUGCGCCAAUCGUCCAACCAGCUAAACUUACUCAACCGGCUCAACCGGCUCAACCGGCUCAACCUACCUCCAACAAUGAUGUUGUUGACUUAUUAGAUUUAUAG